GCGGGGCGGAGGAGCGUUGUCCGUGGGGCCUCAGCCUUGGGUGUCCUCGGCCGCCGCCCCCGCACCCGCGCUGUAUCCGCCCCUUGCCUGCCUUUAGAGGUUACUGGCGACAGCCGGUGUUCCGGGUGGUCGCGCAGCCUCCACGCAUCUCCGCCGAGCUGCCUUUUCUAGCUGGCGUCUCUCUUCGCCUGGGUCCAGGUCGGGGGAUUGGGGGAAAAUGGCGCCGGCGCCCCAAGGCGUCCGGGAGGAGCAGCUGCUGGAGUGUGGGACCGGACUGUUUUCCCGUAUCCUGUUCCUCGCCCAGGCUGUCCUGCUCUUGCUGCCCGCCGCCCGGGCAAGCCUCUGCCCUGCGCCCUGCUCCUGUCGCAUCCCUCUGCUGGAUUGCAGUCGCAGGAAAUUACCAGCGCCCAGCUGGAGGGCGCUCUCGAGUUCGCUGCCCCCCGACACAGCCAGCUUGGAUUUGAGUCAUAAUCGGUUGUCUAAUUGGAACAUCAGCUUGGAAUCUCAAACAUUACAGGAAGUGAAAAUGAAUUAUAAUGAGUUAACAGAAAUCCCAUAUUUUGGAGAAUCAACCUCUAAUAUUACUCUGCUCUCACUAGUCCAUAAUAUAAUCCCAGAAAUAAAUGCAGAAGUGUUCCAGUUUUACCCUGCUCUUGAGAAUUUAGAUCUCAGCUCAAAUAUAAUAUCAGAAAUCAAGACAUCUUCAUUUCCUCGAAUGCAGCUUAAAUAUCUAAAUUUGAGUAAUAAUAGGAUAACCAUCUUGGAGGCUGGUUGCUUCGAUAACUUAUCAAGUUCCUUACUAGUGGUGAAGUUAAACAGGAACAGAAUUAGCAUGAUUCCACCCAAGAUCUUCAAGCUACCUCACCUCCAGUUCUUGGAACUUAAAAGAAACAGGAUUAAAGUUGUGGAAGGGCUAACGUUCCAAGGGCUUGACUCUUUGAGAUCUUUGAAAAUGCAGCGGAAUGGAAUUAGCAAACUUAAGGACGGAGCGUUUUUUGGCUUGGAUAACAUGGAAGAAUUGGAACUGGAGCAUAAUAACCUUACGGAAGUGAACAAGGGGUGGUUGUAUGGCUUGCGAAUGUUACAGCAGCUCUAUGUAAGCCAGAAUGCCGUUGAAAGAAUCAGUCCUGAUGCAUGGGAGUUCUGCCAGAGACUGUCUGAACUUGAUUUGUCCUAUAACCAGUUGACUCGCCUGGAUGAAUCUGCCUUUGUGGGGCUGAGCUUACUGGAGAGAUUGAAUUUAGGGGACAACAGAGUCACUCACAUUGCUGAUGGCGUAUUUAGGUUUCUUUCCAAUCUUCAGACACUAAACUUAAGAAACAAUGAAAUUUCAUGGGCCAUAGAAGAUGCUAGCGAAGCCUUUUCUGGACUCACAAGUCUCACUAAAUUAAUCUUACAAGGAAAUCAGAUUAAGUCAAUUACAAAGAAAGCAUUCAUUGGUCUUGAAUCCCUUGAGCAUCUAGAUUUAAACAACAAUGCUAUAACGUCUAUCCAAGAAAAUGCUUUUUCUCAGACUCGCUUGAAAGAACUGAUUCUGAACACAAGCAGUUUGCUCUGUGACUGCCAUUUGAAGUGGUUGCUUCAAUGGCUGGUUGAUAAUAACUUUCAACAUUCUGUGAAUGUAAGCUGUGCACACCCUGAAUGGCUAGCAGGGCAGAGCAUCCUGAAUGUGGAUCUGAAAGAUUUUGUCUGUGAUGAUUUUCUCAAGCCGCAAAUAAGAACUCAUCCUGAAACCACAGUUGCUCUAAGGGGCAUGAACGUGACUCUGACAUGCACUGCAGUGAGCAGCAGUGAUUCAGCCAUGUCUGCUGUGUGGCGCAAAGAUAGUGAAAUCUUGUAUGAUGCUGAUAUUGAGAACUUUGUACGUUAUCAACAGCAAGCUGGAGAAGCUCUGGAAUAUACUAGUGUCUUACAUCUUUUCAGUGUGAAUUUCACAGAUGAAGGAAAAUAUCAGUGCAUCGUUACUAAUCACUUUGGUUCUAACUAUUCUCAGAAAGCCAAACUGACUGUGAAUGAGAUGCCAUCUUUUCUGAAAACGCCAAUGGAUCUAACUAUUCGCACUGGAGCCAUGGCCAGAUUAGAAUGUGCUGCCGAGGGCCACCCUGCGCCUCAGAUCUCCUGGCAGAAAGAUGGUGGUACUGACUUUCCUGCUGCUCGGGAAAGACGCAUGCAUGUCAUGCCUGAGGAUGAUGUCUUCUUCAUUGCAAACGUGAAAAUAGAAGACAUGGGCAUCUAUAGCUGCAUGGCACAGAAUAUAGCAGGGGGUCUCUCAGCAAAUGCCUCGCUAACAGUGUUAGAGACACCUUCAUUUAUUAGACCUCUGGAGGACAAGACAGUGACCCGAGGUGAGACUGCGGUCUUACAGUGCAUAGCUGGAGGGAGUCCUGCCCCUCGCCUCAACUGGACCAAAGAUGAUGGACCACUGCUGGUGACAGAACGGCACUUCUUUGCUGCAGCCAACCAGCUCCUCAUCAUUGUCGAUGCUGGGCUCGAAGACGCCGGGAAAUAUACCUGUAUUAUGUCCAACACCCUUGGGACAGAACGUGGUCACAUUUACCUAAAUGUCAUUUCAUCCUCCAAUUGUGACUCUUCCCAGGGUAGCAUUGGGCAUGAAGAUGAUGGCUGGACCACAGUUGGCAUUGUCAUCAUUGUUGUGGUCUGCUGUGUUGUGGGCACCUCUUUGAUCUGGGUCAUUGUUAUUUACCACAUGAGGAGGAAAAAUGAAGACUAUAGCAUCACAAACACAGAGGAGCUCAAUCUGCCUGCAGACAUUCCCAGCUACUUGUCUUCCCAGGGAACACUGUCUGAGCCACAGGAAGGCUACAGCAACUCGGAGGCAGGCAGUCACCAGCAGCUUAUGCCUCCUGCCAAUGGAUAUUUACACAAAGGCGCUGAUGGUGGCACUGGUACCCGGGUUAUCUGCUCAGAUUGUUAUGACAAUGCUAACAUCUACUCCCGGACCCGAGAAUACUGUCCGUACACCUACGUUGCUGAAGAGGAUGUUCUAGAGCAGACGCUCUCCAGCCUCAUGGUCCAGAUGCCCAAAGAGACAUAUUUGGCACAUCCUCCCCAAGAUGCCACUACCCUGGAGAGCCUGGUAUCAUCAGCAGAUAGAGGGAUGUCUGCCUUUCCCACCAACCAUGAGAGGAUAAAUGAGAAGAAACUUCCCUCCACACAGAUGAGCAGUGAAACCUUGCAGCGGCCUCUGUGGAACAUAAGCAAAGAUCUAGGUAUGCCUCGUGCUCCAUUCUCCCAGCAGCCAGCCCUUGAGUCACCACAACUCCAUCAGAACGAGGGUCUGGCAGAGACUGAUCCAGACUGUUCCACUUCCCCCAUGCCCUCCCGCAGGUUACUCGACCACGCUUUCGAUUUUAGUAGGACUCGGAACAUUCAAGAUGGCAGUGAGGGCACAUGAAACUCACUCUAGGAUGAAAUCUGGGCAAAGACUCAAAGUAGUUAAUUUUGUAUUUACUACCUCAGCAUUCAGAAGAAACCCCAAAGUCGGCGUUUGCUUUACUCUGUCUACAGGUACAUCAGACCACGCCAGGGUGGGCCAGGCAUUUGUUUGGGCUUCUGCUUGGUGAAGAAAGGGUACUGGCUGUCAGAAAUGGCACAUCUAAUACAAAAUGUGCAAGACAGCAGAGGAAGAUAGAGGAAAGACGUGCCCUCUGAUGGCUCUACUGGGCUGUGCCCAGGUGCCCAUUGCCUGUUAGGAAGGGUCUCUCUCCUCGCAGCUUAGCAUCCUGGAUUGUCCCAAUCCCCAGAGUGAUCCUGAGCAAACAUCGCUGUUGUGUGGCCUUCCAGGGAACAGGAAUAACUUUGGAGUCCUCUGGGAAGUGUGCCUGGGAUUCUGCAGUGUUUUUAAGCAUAUAGUUGAGAGUGGGGCUUUGAUAUUCAAGGUCUUCAAGAGGAAUCUCAGACCUGACCAACUAUUACCAGGUCAAGGGUUUUAUAUUCUUGUGACUCUCCCCCCCCCCACCCUUUUUUUUUUUUUUAAUGUCCCUGUUGCCCAGGGAUCUCUUUGUAAAUAUAUGUGUAUUUAUAAAUAAUUUUUGUAUUCAUCGAUCAUAAUAUGUUGGCUGCAAUGUAAAUAUUUUUGAUAUGCCAAAAUUAUAUAUACUAUCCAGUUAAAAUAUUGACAGCAGCUUCUCAGACCACAGAUUUUGUACAACUUGGUUUAGUGACUCUAAAGACUUUGUUUAAAGUUUUAAAUACAUAUUUGUUAAGAAGUAUAUGUAUAGAGGCAGGAUACCUAGUGAUUGAGUACACGCAAACACAGUCUUGGUGUAAUUAACCACUUUCUUCAUUAGAUUCAUGUAUCUAAUCAUUUGUCAUCUGUUUACAAGUGCCAGGUAGUAUAAUCUUUCAAGCAUAAAAAGGCUCUUUCAACAAAUUGCAGUCUUUUCAUUGCCAUGUGCACACAGAUAAAGGGAAAACUUGUUUUGGGAAUAUGUCUCAGCAAAGUACUUAGUUAAAGAGGAAACCAAAGACUGCCUUUUCCUCUGUGUGUGUGUGUGUGUGUGUGUGUGUCUGUGUCUGUGUCUGUGUGUGUCUGUGUAUUUUUUUUUUUUUUUGGUCUUUUGGCCAUUUGUUGGGCUGCUCCCACAGCAUAUGGAGGUUCCCAGGCUAGGGGUCAAAUCAGAGCUGUAGCCACCAGCCUACGCCAGAGCCACAGCAAUUCGGGAUCUGAGCCGUGUCUGCAACCUACACCACAGCUCUCAGCCACACCAGAUCCUUAACCCACUGAGCAAGGCCAGGGAUCGAACCCGCAACCUCACGGUUCCCAGUCAGAUUCGUUACCCACUGAGCCAUGACGGGAUCUCCUCUUUUUUAAAAAAAUAAUAUCUCCUCUACUAAUGCACAGUCUGUCUUAAGAAGGAAGACUGCUUUUGAGAGUAUAAGAACAUGCAGAAAUUCUUAUACCAUAAAGCUUUAGAGUGGUCCUUGUUUUGUAUUAGUGAUUAUUUAAGCCAAAAAGUUUUCUUGAAUUUCUGAUAGCAAAAAGCUUUAUGUAGACAAAAGACUUAGUACGCUAAUAGAAUGUAAUGGACUACAGCUCUUCUUUUUUUCUGCUUUCAGAAAGGCUGCAGAUCCUGUCUUGUAAAUUUAGUGAGGACUAGUUAUGUAUUAGAUGACUUCAGUCACUUAAAUGAAAAUACCUAUUUCUGAGUCAUUGUGCAUUUCAAGGGUUUUAAACUCAUGUAAUUUCUCAGCUCUUUGCCAGUUUAGCUGAAUUUCAUACUAGUUUUUAAUCCUAAAUUUUUCUCCCAUAGGCAGCAGCACUUUUCCAGCUGUUUGAUACCUCCAUGCCUUUCUCUUUUUCCUUUUUAAAUUCUCAGCCUCUGUCCAUUUUUACUGUGCACUUCUCAAACAUCACUAUUUCCUUCUCCCUUCAAUUUGUGAUCCUUCCUAUUUGCUAGGUUGUAGUAUAACUUGUACCAGGCUGACUUAGAAAUCAAGCAGCCUGAUUUAGUUGCUGGCUCUGCUGCCUACUAGUUGUGUAAUCAAGGGCAAGUCCCUUUACUUCUCAGCCUGACUUUCUCAUUUAUGAAAUGAGGGUGUUUUAGUAGAUGUGCUAAAGCUCUUUCCAGCUAUAACAUUCUCUGAAUCUGUGAUCCCUCCAGGAAUCAAGGAGGAUUAUCCACUGUAAUAAAAAGCUGCUUUCAUGAAAUAUUUGUUCAAGUAGAACAGGAAUGAUGCUGCUUACUCUGACUUGAGCCAGAUUUAUUUCCUCUAUAGCAGGCGUAAUGCUGUAAGAAAUACUCACGAGGAGAAAUAUUCAGCUUCUGAUACAGUAUCGGUGACUGAGAACCGCCCAUUGCUUUCUAGAGUAGGUCUGAAUGCUGGUGUUAUAGCAUCAGGUGAGAGGUGUACCACAACGAAUAUGAACUAGUGUGUGACUCACUUACUUCUCUAAUGUAUUCGAGGUUAUCCUUGUAGUUCUCUUACUCAUGUUCUGGAGGACUUCAGUGAAAAAGAGUUAGAGCUAGCCUGCAGGUGAGCAUCAGCUGUCCCCUGGGAGAAGAUAGAAGACAAGCUGCAAACCAGUGCUCUAGAAAAGUGCUGGGAGUUCCUGCUGUGGCUCAGUGGUAGCAAACUGGAUUGGGAUCCCUGAGGACUCGGGUUUGAUCCCUGGCCUUGCUGAGUGGGUCAGGGAUCCAGUGUCAUCACGAGCUGUGGUGUAGGUCUCAGAAGAGGCUCAGAUCCUGCUUUGCUAUGGCUGUAGCAUAGGCUGGCAGCUACAGCUCUGAUUUGACCCCUAGCCUGGGAACUUCCAUGUAUGCCUCGGGUGUGGCCCUAAAAAGACCAAAAAAAAAAAAAGGAGUGCUACUUCUGCUUUUAGCAAUGGUCCUUCUGCUGCCAGUGGUGUCUUUCUGGCCUCCCGGUCUCCUGAAUGGCCAGGUUCUCUAUUACGUCAACUCAGAUAGUUAAGGUGUCCUCCCAGAUAUUGCUAGCUUGCUAAGUAACUAAAAAGUGUCAGGAAUUUAUUUAAGUGUGGGUAGCCUACCCCAGUUUUAAGACAUAAUAAAUGUAAUAAGUUCUCAUCCUAGGAGAUGGAAUUCCUGAAAUUUUUCAUUAUUGCCUGUGUUUUUGACCAAGCAGGUGCUCUGCUAUAGACAGAAUUAGUGGCUCAUCAGUGUUUUUUCGCAGCAGUGUAGUGUCAGCCUGCCGCCAAUUUAAUCAGAAAUGUUGCGAAAGCAAAGGCGAACUAAAUGCGGAGAGAAGUAAUCUCUGCCCUCCACCCAGUUACCACUUCAUAUCAUUAGGGACACAUUAAUUCUCUUGAUUUGUGUGUGCCCCUUCUUAGACCGAUUCUGUAAGUCUGCCUGGAAGAAGUAACAUUUUCCUUGUACUCUAAGCCCUGCUGCCACCAAGUCUAUGCCUAACCCAUUGGCUUUCUGUCCCUCAGCAGCCUCAAGGUGCUUUCCCUAGUGUGCAAGUUACUCUGUAGAACAGGAAAUAUCAGAAACCCAGCAGACGUGCCACUCCCUCUAAAGUACCAUCUUAGAAUGCUUUAAAUGUGUAUUAACAGUUGCCUUCACAUUGUCCAUUGGGAGGUUGGAAAAGAACAUUAAACUAUCAAGCAACUUAGACUCUACUAUUCAUUUUCCCAAGAAAAGGGGGAGAUGAUUAGAGUCUUGAGUUACCUAAAGGGUUGUCAUGUGAAACAAGGCUUAGCUUUGCUCUUUUUAUGCCAGAGGACAAGGGUCAUGUCAGUGGUGCGGAAGUUACAGGAAGGUGCAGUGUACACUUGCCAAUAAUUUCAUGUAAGCCAACACUCUGACAAUUAUAUUUGUCUUACAAUUGGGGUCUCCAGCCUUUCACGUGAAAAGUGUACACAGGAGGUACCUUAUCAUCUGUUAAUAGUGUUGAAGAAGUUUCUGCAUUGAGGUGGCCUGUGGUCAAGAUGACUUUCAGGUCUCAUUCCGUUUUAUCAUUGGGAAACUCCAGGAGCAACCUGACAGUCUUAAAACUUGGUCCUUCAGAGUCAUUGAUAUACAGUAAGUGUAGAGCACUUAAAAAGUGAUUUUAAGCUAAAAGAUUGUUCUUUGGUUGACAGAAGGAGCCUGUUCUAUGUUAAUGGCUGAAAACAUGCAACUCUGGGCUUAUACUUCUGAGAAAGUCUCUAACUAGUCACUAACCCAAAUGGCGUUACCAUAAUAAAAAAUAUUUAAAGCCUGUGAUGUA